AUGUAUACUGCCACUAAAUCUUACGCUCCAGUCCCGAAAGGAAUGGUCCUGUACGCCGUAUCCAAAGGCUCUGACGAUUUUGACUCUCGGGUGCGGCGUGGCGAGAACCUCGCGGUGGCCUUCGGUGCCCCGGAAGCAGAUGAAGUUCGCUACUUCGAGGGCAGCGGAGGACGACCUUCAUGUCAAGCACAUUACUAUCAGGCGGGCUGUCCUGGGGAGUUCUCCUAUACGUUCAUGGAGAAGGAGCUUCGUCGUGUUGUCGACUCGUUGACGUUGCCGCGAAAGAAGCAAUACCGUGAUGGCAUUGCGGCCUUCGAAGUCUUCGUAUACGACGCCAAAACUCCCAUUCAUCAGCUACCUUGUCAUAUCCAAGCCACGACUCCUUCACACGAUUCUAGCAGGAUCUUUGGGUCCACGUCAUCCAAGAGGAAGGCACUACACACUAGCCAACCACCUGCGAUCUCCUCAACGAAUGUUGGUGCGACUGAACAGAAGAUCGUCGGCACUCGAAAACGUGGCCCGCCCCCUUCUCCACAGUCACCAACGACCUCCCCGUCUUCUCCGAAGCGCUUGCGACGCAAGGCUGGACGUCCGCCGUCUACGCGGUCCGGCGCCGCUUCUGCUACUAUGCUAUCAGCUGAUCCAUCCACUACGAGAAAGAUACCUCCCGUCUCCCAUGCGCCCGGUCCCUUUCAAUUCGGCAUACCCACUCCCGAAGCCUCCCCUGUUCUCCCGGCCUAUGUACCCCCUGCCUCUAUCGCUGCGGAGGGCUCGGCGGCAUCUUCGAACGCAGCAUCGGUUCCGGUCGGUCUUGGUCUGGUAUUGACUCGGAGCGCGCCCAUCAUAGACGACAUGAUGCAAAACUUCCAAGAUUUGCGCUCGUUCAUGGAGAGCACGCUUGAAGAGCACGGCAUUCCUCUCCCCGAUUCGUGUAACGCAUGGGCUACGGUACAACUUCUGAGCGAUACGCUUCACAUUGCGCGAGAGGAGCUUGCAGCAGAGCGUCAGGCGCUGGAACACGAGCGUCGGGCGCAUGAAGAGACUCGCUGUCUCCUGAAGCAUGCGAAUGGACUACUGGGCGAAGUAGCGACGGCGGUCUCGGGCUACGCGCAGGGUGAUGUCGGGUGCAUACGAAGGCCCAAGGAGCCGCGAGGCUUGGAACACGGUGGCUGA